ACCCCCCUCUCCGGAGGGGGGGGGUGGCCCGACACCAACUUCUGCUCGCGAACUCCGUUCUGCCCCUUUCUUGACCCAGGGCGACCUCGGCAGCCCUGACAGCGACAGGCCCGCCGCCGCAGUGCCCAGAAAGGCCCCUGGGUGGCCCGGCGCCUCCCCGGCUCUUUCUGGAUGGAGGCGCCUCAGGAAGGAGCCGGCUGACGCUUCGGCCUUCGCCUUCCAGCCGCGGCUGACCAUGAGCGCACCUCCCCUAGUGCAGAGGCCGCUGUGAGGAGCAGGAAAUGCUGCGCCAGCUGGCCCCCCAGAGUCUUGGUCUGAACGCUAGGAUGGAGCUGGGCCCGGCGACGGAGACCUGUGUGCUGGAGCUUCUGUGUCUCCAAGAUGGGGGCCCGGGGCCUGGCACCCUCUCAGGUGGCCGCGGUGGGAGUGAGAGUCAGGAGGAAGAAGAGGCUCAGGAGGACAGCAGCACACGGCAGCCAACAAGCUCAGCUCCGAUGGGGGUCAGUGAAACAGCUGCAGAAGCACAGCAGGGGCUGCUGGAGUCGCAACUGCAGCAGGCAGAGCUGCAAUCAGAGCUGCAACCACAGCUGCGGCAAGAGCAGCGACGACGAAACCAACCCCCUGGCCGGCAGCGGCAGCGGCAGCGGCAGAGGCAAGAUGGCCAAAAGCAGCUGCCUCAACGACAGAAGCCCCUGCAGGAACAUCCGCAGCCUGUGCCACCUCGGCGGCUGAAACCGCAUCUGCAGCUGCUGCAGCAGCAGGAACAGUUACAGCAGAAGCACCUGCAGCAGCAGCAACACCUGCAGCAGCAGCAGGAACAGGUGCAACAGCAGCACUUGCAGCAGCAGGAACAGGUGCAACAACAGCACCUGCAGCAGCAGCAGGAACAGGUACAACACCUGCAGCAGCAGCAGGAACAGGUGCAACAGCAGCACUUGCAGCAGCAGCAGGAACCGUUGCAACAACAGCACCUGCAACAGCAGCAGGAACAGCACCUGCAGCAGCAGCAGGAACAGUUACAGCAGCAGCAGCAGGAACAGGUACAACAGCAGCACCUGCAGCAGCAGCAGGAACAGUUACAGCAGCAGCACCUGCAGCAGCAGCAGGAACUGUUACAGCAGCAGCACCUGCAGCAGCAGCAGGAACAGUUACAGCAGCAGCAGCAGGAACAGUUAGAGCUGCAGCAGCAGCAGGAGCCGUUGCAGCAACAGCAGGAGCCCCGUCCGCUAGAACCAGAUGAGGAGGAAGAGGUAGAGCUGGAGCUCAUGCCAGUUGACCUGGGGUCGGAGCAGGAACUGGAGCAGCAGCAGCAGGAGCUGGAGCGGCAGCAGGAGCUGGAGAGGCAGCAGGAACAGCGGCAGCUGCAGCUCAAACUGCAGGAACAGCUGCAGCAGCUGGAGCAGCAGCUGGAGCAGCAGCAGCAGCAGCUGGAGCGGCAGCAGCUGGAGGAGCAGCAGGAGGUGCGCCUGGAGCUGACGCCGGUGGAACUGGGGGCCCAGCAGCAGGAGGUGCGGCUGGAGCUGACCCCUGUGCAGCCCGAGCUGCAGCUGGAGCUGGUGCCUGCCGCAGGGGGUGGCGGCGCUGCGGCCCCAGGGGCUCCAGCCGCUGUCGUGGUGGCGCCCCCGGGCUACGUGGUGUUGCAGGAGCUCAUGGUGCUGCCGGCCGUGGCCGCGCCUGCCGUGGUGGCCAUCCCGGGCCCCGCAGGCAGCGCGGCCCUGACUCCAGCCAGGCAGCGGCGGCGGCGGCGCGCCCGGGACCGGCCGACCAUCUGCGGAGAGUGUGGCAAGGGCUUCAGCCGCAGCACGGACCUGGUGCGGCACCAGGCCACGCACACGGGCGAGCGGCCGCACCGCUGCGGCGAGUGCGGGAAGGGCUUCUCGCAGCACUCCAACCUGGUGACGCACCAGCGCAUCCACACGGGCGAGAAGCCCUACGCCUGCUCCUACUGCGCCAAGCGCUUCAGCGAGAGCUCGGCGCUGGUGCAGCACCAGCGCACGCACACGGGCGAGCGGCCGUACGCCUGCGGCGACUGCGGCAAGCGCUUCAGCGUCUCAUCCAACCUGUUGCGCCACCGGCGCACGCACUCGGGCGAGCGGCCCUACGUCUGCGAGGACUGUGGCGAGCGCUUCCGGCACAAGGUGCAGAUCCGCCGCCACGAGCGCCAGCUGCACGGCGCCGGCCGAUCGCGGGGCCUGGGCCUGCUCCGCAGCACGCGCGCGGCCACCGGCGGCCCCGCUCGCCCCGAGCAGGCGGCGGACAAGGCUCCGUGA